AUGGCGACGGUUUCUUUAGCUGGUCGAGUAGCACUUGUGACAGGUGGAACACGAGGUAUUGGCAAAGGUAUUGCCGUUGAAUUAGGAGCAGCUGGAGCGCUCGUUUAUGUGACAGGUCGAACAAUGAAGUCGAGCGAUGGUAAAAGUGGUAGUUUGGAAGAAACAGCCGAAGCCAUUCGACAACGCGGCGGUAAAUGCAUACCAGUGCGUGUUGAUCACGAGAAUAUGGAUGAAGUUGAAGAACUUUUCAAACGAAUUGCCAAAGAACAAGAUGGUCGACUUGAUAUUCUAGUCAAUAACGCUUACAAAGGAGUGGAACCAAUAUUAGCUUCAUCGGGUAAAUCGUUUUGGGAAGUUGAGCCAAGCUUGUUCGACGAUAUUAAUAAUGUCGGUCUACGUAAUCAUUAUUAUUGUACUGUUCAUGCUGCUCGCUUGAUGGUACCUCGAAAACAAGGUCUUAUCGUUGUGAUUUCAUCAGCCGGUGGUUUACGUUAUUUGUUUAACGUUCCAUACGGAAUUGGAAAAGCUGCUUGUGAUCGAAUGGCAGCAGAUACAGGAACAGAAUUGAGAAAACAUAACGUAGCUUCGAUUUCACUUUGGCCCGGUGCAGUCUUUACAGAAACAAUUCAAGCAUCAGAAAAUUCAGUUGGCUUUCGCAAAAUGUUAGAAAAGUAUGGUAAACCAGAAACAGCAGAAUAUGCCGGUCGCAUCAUCGCUCAUUUAGCACAAAAUCCAUCGGUAAUGGAUUAUUCAGGAAAAAUAGUAUUGACCGCUGACUAUGGAGAUGCUCAUAGUAUUGUCGAUUCAGAUGGUCAACCUGCAGUGAAUAUUCGUUCAUUUAGCUUUCUUGUUCGACAAGCACCUGCUUUACGUUGGUUAGCUGGAUGGAUUCCUGGCUUUUUGAAACUUCCAUACUGGUUAUUUCAUCAAGGAGGAAAUAAAUUUUAA